AUGGUCUACCGACUCGUAAAUAUUCAACGGUGGAGUUGCGGCCCCAAUUCCCCUUCCCCCUUCUCUCUUCCCUCCAAACUCUUGGGCUUCAGUUGCUGUUUUACCGGUGGCCCGGAUGGGCUGGUGGGCAACAAGUCGAGGAGGCGAUUACUGCUCCCGAUAAACCGGGCUUUCUCCCACAUUACGGCCAAGUGUGGUCUGCUCUGGCACCAAACCUGCGGAGCCUUUUGA